AGAAAAAGGCUACUUAAGGGCGUGCCGUUACAAAGGCGGAACUCCCGACUCUCGCCUCCACUCAGCCCAUUGUUUAUAUAUUGAAUGUUUGGUAUAUAUUUAAAAGCAGUCCCCCAGACGUCACCAAUAAUACCUGAAACCGUCAGAGUUACAGUACCAAUGCUCCGGAAGGCAAAAUGCAAAACACUAAAAAUUAUUCUAAAAAUUUAGAAGUUGUUCGAGUAUACCCUCCAGGAACUAAGAGGUUGGGGAAAAAAAUACCUGCAAUUCAUCAGGGCUGUGAUGAUACUUUUGACAUAAAUGGAGACAAUUAUACAAGAUCUUCCACACCUUAUAAAAUAGAUCUCCCUUUCCAUGAGAUACAUACUAAUACCUCACAGGCUUUAGAUCAGAACUCUAUUGUUUUACCAUUGCCUUCUUUUGAAAGGAAAUCUGAAUCAUGUUAUGGUUAUGAACUGCAAACAAAGCCAUCAAGUGAAGUGUUUAAUAAUGAAUAUUCAAAGAUAACUGUGUCAAGGGAUACUACUAGAAUUUCACUGCAAGAUUCAAAGUCAAAGUCACAUGGAGAUGAGCUACAAGUUUGUUCUACUGGAAUCAAUUGGGGGCCUACGAGAAUAAGCCAUUCUCCCCAAAACACAUUGUCAUUGAAAGACAAGGGUAGUCUUCAUGUAGAGUGUCAUGUUAGUAGAAAUGCUACUUGCAUGGAAGAAAAAGGGAGGAACAAUGGAAGAAAGAAAUCUCCAAAUGCUAAUAAACUCAAUCGCCCACAGCAUCAAAUUGUUAAGUUUCUUGAAGAUUAUGCAGAGUUUGGUGAUGACUUGAAGGAAAUUUUUGAAGGAAGGGGAAAGUAUUGCCCAACAGUUUUGGAAUCAACAGUGGAUGGGAGCAUUGUAAAAGGGGCAAGGAGAUCCUAUGGUUCACGCAACAGUUCUUCAGUAAAAACAGCUAUCCAGAGCAUAAGUAGUCACCAGGACUCUCUUAUUUCACUAGACAAGUGUGGCCUUAAAACUGAGCAACACAAGUACAAAUGUUCGUUGUGUGAGGUUACAAGCCGCAGCCGGAAAGAUAUUGAGGAACACAUAACAGCAAUGGGGACCUUACACUCAGAGGCAGUAGUGCUUGUUUUGUUAGGCAGUCAAGCUCGAGGGCAGAACUGUCCCAUCUGCAACAUUAGAUUCACAAGACUUCAGUUAUUUAAGCACAUUCGGAGUGCCCACAGGGACUGCUUUCCCUUGCGCUGUGGUUACUGUGUCUUCUUUGGACAAGAUUAUUAUCAGCUGCGUCAUCACAUAAGGAAGAAGCAUGGCACUUCAAGAUAUCACAUUAUUGACAUACCCCGUCUUCUGGCAGGGGAGGAAGCAAUAGGAGAUGAACCCGAGAGGAAGAGUUUGGCAUGUCCUCUUUGCCGGAAAAGUCUCAAGACAUUGUCCAACCUCAAGAAGCACAUUGCUCAGCACAGCAGAAGGAAGCAACAAUGCAGCCACUGCUCCUUUGUUACAACUUUUCCAACACAAAUAAGAAGUCACUACCGUCGCAGGCAUCCUUCCCAAGACCCUCACUGGCAGACUAUUUUACUUGAUAAAGGGGGCAAUAAUUUUCUUGUGGAAGAUGUGACUCCAUACCUGAAGCUCAUCACUGAAAAGUAUGGAAUACUUCAGACCAAAGAAAAAGGAAAAUGGAUGAGACAGUACAGAUGUCCACACUGUGAGUACACCUGCAAUUUUAACUCCUCAUACAAUAGACAUCUGCGCCUUCAUAGUGGUGUAAAGCCAUAUAAAUGUGGCUACUGUGAUUUUCAUGCCCGUGAGGCAUAUGUCAUCAAAAAGCAUUGCUCCACUGCUCAUAAGGGCAGCAAGCCUGUUGUUGAAGAGGAUAAAAAUUUUAAGGCUCCCUAUCGGUAUGGAGCUGAAUCAAGAGAAGAAAAGGUUGAGAAUUCUAGAUGUUUAGACAGUGAGAAAGUUGUUAAUGCAAAGAAACUCAAAAAAUCUGCUCUUCCAGAACAUCAGGAAGUAAAAUAUACACCAGCAUCAACAUCACAGACUAAUAAGAAUUCACAAAUUAAGAAAACAUGUCAUUUUGAAAAGAGUCAGGUUAACAAAUCAUUAUGCGGUUUGAACCAUUCACUAUCUUGCAUUAAUAUGCCUUUGAAUAAAGAAAAUUCAGUCUCUGAAGAACUAAGAUAUAACAGUAUGAGUGACAGCCUUGUGACCAGUCCUGUAAAACACUUGCAGGUAAACAAUGCUGCACAGGGUUUUCUUAUUAAGGACAUUCACAACGUGGGGUUGGCAAAACAAGAUGAGAUCACACACUGUAAUCCUGUUGAAGAUGAACAGUCUCUCAGAAAUAUUUCUUCAAUUGAUAAAUAUGAAUCUGCUUUCCUAGAUCACUCCCCAGUUAAAGUGAGAACUACUAAAAAGUACAAGUUGCCAAAUAAAAUUGAUACAUCCCGACAUGUACCAGACAAGCAGUGCAGAAAAGUCAUUACUGAUUUAGAUGGUGAAAUACAGAGGGAUGGCAUACCAAGUGUCUCCACACAAGUGUCCACCGUCAUUAGACAAGAAGAAAGAUUGAACAGUAUUACACUUACAAAGCCUCUGGCUGAUUUGGGAGAGAAAAUGGUAGUUAUUUUUUUAAGAGAAAACAGGUUUGGCAAUUUGCAUAUAGACAAAAUUGAGAAAAUUGCUCACAAUAGUUGUCCAAAUACAGACAUACACGAUACUUCUCAUAAUGAUAUUCCAAUGGGCAGGGUCUCUGAUCUUCAAAAACAGAAAAAAAGUUUUAUAGUUCAAAGUGAGGUUGAAGUAGCAGAUGAAAAUACAAGACAUAAAAAAAUUAAAUGGCCUCUUGCACAUAUUUCUAAAGGGAAUUCAAUGAACCAAGUUGAUGAUUCUUCAGAAAAUUGUUCAUUUAAAGGAAUGGACAGCAGAGAGAUGGAAAGCAACUUGCAUAGCCAUAUCAGUUACCUAUCAGAUUUGCAAGUGCAGUGCCAUAGUAAGCAUGUUCCUCCCAAGCCUGGAAUACCGAAACGUGGCCGACUGGAUGGAAGUUACACCAAUAAUGAUUAUUUUUCAACGGAUAAAGUGAGACUGAUGAUGCAGAAAGAGGGUGGACGUGUAAAAUGUCGAAAGUGUGGAGUUACUACAACUUACCGAGCAUUCUAUAAACAUGCCAGAAAACACUUUAAUAUAAAACCUUUCAAAUGUGGUUAUUGUUCAUAUAGAUCCAUUGAAAAAAGUAAGGUGAGAGUCCACAAUACUUUUUGUCACCCCGGUCAUCCUCCUGUGAUACAGAAGUUGUCCCCAGAGUCUGCCAGAAUUGACUGCAAUACAUCUAAUGGUUGUGAAGUUGAUUUUAAAAGGAAAAGUAGAAGCAGAAGAAUCUCAGAUAUACCUGACCAAGUUGAAUGCAAAAAACUUUACAGAGAUGAUCUUAUGAACAUUUCUCAUAGUUCAAGCAACAUCUCAUCUCUCAAUACCAAACCUUCACCUCUCAACUCUACAAGGCAGUCAGUCUUCCAGUGUCCAUUGUGUUCAAAAUUCCUACAGAAGCAUACACCAUCAGUCAGAAGACACCUUUACAGCCACUUCAGUUACAAGCCCUACAAGUGUGGCUAUUGUUCCUACAUGGGGAUUGGACAGAGUGAAAUUCGAGCACAUCAUGUCACCCAUGGCCUCAGUGUACCACCAAAAGUUGAGACCUCGGGUGCUCCCAUGCCACCAGAUCUCACCUUGCACAUCAACACAAUAUUCCCUUUGCAUCAGGGGGCACAACCAAGCCAGAAGGAAAAGGGGGAUGUUGGUCUCCAUGAUUUGGUACAUGAUGGCACAGAGGCAGGUCAAGGAUCAAGUAUUUGGAAAGAAUCAUCAAAUACUGUCAAGGAUAUAAGUACUGUUCACUUAAGUUCACAGAAUGACACUGAAGAAAGCCUUAUAUUCAGUAAUAAUCAAAAGAACUUAGAAACCUAUGAUUCUGCUACAUGCUCUUUACCUCAAGCUAUGGAGUGUGAGACUUUGGUGUCUGAAUCUGCAUAUGCUGUACAAGUUCUUGAAAAUUUAGAAAAUGCUACUACAUCAAAUACACUUCCUUCUCAGUUGAACUCAGAAUCAGUCUGUGUUGUAUAUUUAAUUAAUUGAUAGAUCAUGUAUAACUUAUAUAAAGAUUAGACAUAUUGUUAAUUCAGUUUGCAGGGGACCAGCCUCAUGCAGAAUUUUCUUUUUUUAUUUUUAUUUCAUCUAUGGUGCUGGCAAGCUAUCUUGGUGGGCCCUGGUGAUUGGCCCCAGCCCGUAAUGGUGCAGGUAAAUAUUUAUAGUGGUACCAUCUUGCUUUACUCAUGCUGUUCUCCAGAGCUCAUCUUUGAUCCUCUCUCUUUUAGAGAAUCAAAAGAAGUGGGAAAAGACCACUCCACUAGGAACCUCAUUACUGGAUCUAAUUUAAGUGUACCUUCUCAAGUUGAAAUAAUGCAGAGGGUAGAGGUUGUGUCAAUAAAGUACAAAAUAUUCAUAGUAUAGAAAAGACCAAGGUCAGGGAUGGCAUUUUGUUACUGGUUAUAAAUAAAGCCAUGAAAGUUG